AUGGACACCAGUACUCCUCGAAAGUCUGGGACGAGCUUCCUCAAAACUUGCUUCAAUGGAGUUAACGCCCUCUCAGGGGUUGGAAUAUUAUCGAUUCCUUAUGCAUUGUCUCAAGGAGGAUGGUUGAGCGUGCUUAUGUUCACAACCAUAGCAAUAAUCUGCUUCUACACUGGGAUUCUCCUGCAGAGAUGCAUAGAUUCAAGCUCACUUGUUAAGACCUAUCCUGAUAUAGGUGAACUGGCUUUUGGCCGGAAAGGAAGAAUCAUAGUAGCAAUAUUCAUGUACCUGGAGCUGUACCUUGUGGCAAUCGAUUUCAUGAUAUUGGAAGGUGAUAACUUGGAGAAAUUAUUUCCAAGCGUCGACUUCCAUGUUGCUGGGCUCAAGAUUGGAGGCAAGCAAGGGUUUGUUCUGAUUUUCAGCCUGUUGGUUCUGCCAACGACAUGGUUUCGGAGCUUAAGUGCGCUUGCGUACGUCUCUGUUGGAGGAAUCGUGGCCUCCGUCAUUCUCAUCGCGUCUGUUAUCUGGGUAGGAGCAUUUGAUGGUGUUGGUUUCCACGAGAGAGGCGUGCUUGUCCAUUGGGCUGGUAUUCCAACUGCCAUGAGCCUAUACUCAUUCUGUUUCAGCGGCCAUGCAGUUUUCCCCAUGAUAUACACUGGAAUGAGCAACAGAAAGAUGUUCCCAACAGUGCUGCUCCUCUGCUUCAUCAUCUGCACUCUCAGCUAUGGGCUGAUGGGCGUCGUCGGGUACCUGAUGUACGGCGAGUCACUGAAGUCCCAGGUGACGCUGAACCUCCCAUCGAGGAACCUGAGCUCCAGCAUCGCCAUCUACACCACGCUGAUCAAUCCGUUCACCAAGUUCGCGCUGCUGGUCACUCCGAUAGCGGAGGCGAUCGAGGACACCCUCCACGUCGGCAAGAACAAGGCCGUGAGCGUCUCCAUCAGGACGUCGCUGGUCGUCAGCACGACCAUCGUGGCGCUCGUCGUGCCCUACUUCGCCUACGCCGUCGCGCUCACCGGCUCAUUCCUGAGCGGCACCGCCACGAUGCUGCUCCCAUGUGCCUGCUACCUGAAGAUCAGGUCCAGGACCUGCAGGAAGGUGGGGUUCGAGCAGGUGGUCUGCGUGGGCAUCAUCGUCGUCGGGGUAGGGCUUGUGGUCGUUGGCACCUCCAGUUCGCUGAAGCAGAUCAUCCAGAGCUUGUGA